ACUUCCUUUUUCGCGUCCUUCAUGAUUGCCACUUUGUCCAUACUCAUAACCUAUUUCACACGUAUUGUUCAAUCGGUAGCAAAUAUCAUAAUGGCCGCACCACGUGAAAGAACUUUCAUUAUGGUUAAACCCGACGGCGUCCAGCGCGGUCUUGUCGGUACCAUUAUUGAACGAUUUGAGAAGAAAGGCUUUAAACUAGUAGCUUUGAAAUUAACGUGGGCAUCUGAAGAACUUCUGAAGCAACAUUACAGUGACUUGGCUUCGCGUCCAUUCUUCCCCGGUCUUGUAAAAUACAUGAGUUCAGGACCAGUUGUUCCCAUGGUUUGGGAAGGACUCAAUGUGGUUAAGACCGGCCGUCAAAUGCUUGGCGCUACUAACCCUGCUGAUUCUCAACCUGGAACUAUUCGUGGCGAUCUUUGCAUACAGGUCGGUCGAAACAUCAUACACGGCUCUGACAGUGUGGAGUCCGCUAACAAGGAAAUUUCACUUUGGUUCUCCGAGAAAGAAGUUGUGGGCUGGACACCAGCUGUUGAACAGUGGGUAUAUGAAUAAAUAUAGAUUGUUUAUUCAAAAUAAUUUUCCAUUUUUAUUUGCUACUUAUUUCUAAGAUUAAAAUAAAUUGUAAUUAAAUUUU